UAUUUAUAAGUACAUAGCCCGGUUGCGAGACCGACAGACAGCUCUGGCACUAGACAGGCAGUAUAUUCAGUCCGCUUCGGUCCGCAUGCUCGUGCCGAACUCGAAUAUGAGCAGCUCUCCCUGCUAGGUCGCACGUUUUAUUUGUUCGGUACUUCCAUGGUAGCGGUAGCAAUCAACGGUUAGGACACGAGGUGCAAGAUGGGCCACUCCAGGUGCUUCUCUACCUACGACGAUGACUUUGAAUUCGACGACGCGUACUUCAGACAAUUCUACAAGCCGCUGUCAAACUUGCCCACGCCGCCGCCCUCUUCGAGGAACUCGUCUGCUAUUCAGAGCCCCCGAAUCGUCGCCGAGGACCUCGAUAGCACCAAUGGCGAAUAUCUAGGCCCCGCUGCCCAUCUCGCGAGGAUGCUACCGCCGGGAGCUUCGUUUGUGACGCCGUCCAUCCCGAUGGUACAGGGCAUCCUGUCACGUGCCAACUUGCCGAUGGAUAUCAUUGCCUUGGCCGUCUGCAUUCUGGACUCGCUGAACGCACGAUUUUCUCGAAGUUGGCGAAUAUCGUUCCCGUUGGCUAAGUCGAGUGAGCUGCUCACUAAACGCCACACGUUGCCUUCCGGCGCGGCUCAAGCUGUGCACAUCGAUAAUGUGCCCCCCGAGAUCAUCAUUCUCGCCUCCCUAAUCGUCGCCGACAAGUUUGUGGAAGACUUGCAAGAGUCAACCCAAUACUACUGCUCGUCGUGGGGUCAAAACCUUUGGACCUGCGAGCAGGUCAAUUUCACCGAGAGGCUCAUCAUGGAGAGCCUAGGCUACCGCAUCCUACCCUUGUGGGAAGCGAAGUCUAUCAAGCAAGCGAGGCACGAUAUCGAGAUGGCGCGGCGGGAAUUGCUGGACUCGGGCGUCGAGAUGGCGGACGAGAACAAGUUGGGCAAGCAUUCCAAAGCCAUGAGCACAGGGCAUGCUGUGAUGGGUUUCGCCCGGCAACUGACCCCGUCCGAGGCCCCCAAGUCGGAGUUGGCACAGAUUCAGGGUCGAGGCCACGAGGCUCGUGAAGCGUUCAGCACCUGCGUGGCCUCAUCACGGGACUAUUUUUCGACUACAGUUUCGCCGUAGCUCGGAUAUCGAUGCCGGAUAAGGAGGAGUCGACGCACUUGGAAAAUACCCUCUUGAUUCGUCUGCAUGCUAUAUUGGCUGCAAGGGCUUGGCUAGACCGCACCGGGACCGCGGGUUAUGGUUUCAUUCGCCUCAUCACAUCAUGUUUCUCGACAGGCUUCAGUAUUUUCCCUCGACUUGGCCCGACUCGCCCGGGCCAGGUGGGAUUGGCGACAGGAGUUCAGGGCGGCCCAGAUCCUGGGAUG